AUGGCAGAAAUCCAAGGCUUCUACGAUCCUAAAUUCCACGAACUCUCGUCCCUCCUCAAAUCCUUCGUCAUCUCCGGCGAAGAAGUAGGAGCUUCCAUCUGCGUCAACCUAGACGCCAAGGACGUCGUCGAUAUCUGGGCCGGCUACACCGACGAAGCCCGAACUCAUCCUUGGCAGAAAGACACCAUCACAAAUGUAUGGUCUACGACCAAGACGGUGAUUUCACUUGCAGCUUUCAUACUAACUGAAAGAGGGUUGCUGGAUCUUGAGCAGAACGUCGCUUAUUACUGGCCUGAGUUUGCGGCUAACGGCAAGGAGAAUGUCAAGGUGAAGCAUAUCCUGUCGCAUACUUCUGGAGUUUCUGGGUGGGAUGAGAAGAUAAGCUGGGAAGAUAUCUGCGAUUUUGAGAAAGCGGUUGAUCUCCUUGCGAAGCAGAGGCCGUGGUGGGAGCCCGGUACAGCUUCGGGUUAUCAUUCUUUGACAAUGGGUCAUCUCGUCAGCGAGGUUGUGAGGAGAAUUUCGGGUAAGCCCUUCAAACAGUUUGUCGAGGAGGAGAUUGCAGGGCCGCUUCAGGCCGAUUUUCAGAUUGGCGCGAAAGAGAGUGAUUGGUCUAGGAUUUCAAAUGUGAUACCUCCUCCACCUCUGCCUAGGGCAGGCAACGUCAGCCGCGAGUCUAUCAUGUUCAAAACCUUUACCAAUCCACCUCUUGAAGCUACUGUGGCGCAUACUCCGAGAUGGCGACAGGCAGAUCUUGGUGCUUGUAAUGGACACGCUAAUGCGAGAUCGAUCGCGAGGAUGCUCUCGCCGAUCUCCUUGGGAGGAAAUGUGACUGGUCUGGAAAAGCCAUUGUUGUCGCCAAAGACUAUUGAUCUUAUCUUCAAUCAGCAAGCAUACGGCGAAGACCUUGUUAUUGGUUUGCCGAUCAGAUUCGGUACUGGAUUUGGUCUUCCUGCGAAAGGCACGGUGUUAGACUGGCUGCCCAGUGGACGCAUCUGCUUUUGGACUGGUUGGGGAGGCUCAAUUGUCAUUAUUGACUGUGAUCGCCGCCUCACAAUUGCUUAUGCUAUGAACAAGAUGGAUGCUGUAUCACUUGGUGGAACACGAACGAGGUCAUACAUCGAGGCUGUGUACAGGGCAUUGAAUGUAUCUCUGCCGAAACGAUUACCACUUGCCAAGAUUUGA